CAUAGUUGGGCGGGCGAGCUCUGCCGCUGCCGCCGGAGGCUCCAGCUCCUGCGAGUGUACGUUGCACGGGAAGGGGGAGUGCGCCUUGAACGAGUCCGACGACGGGAGGGCCCAGCAGCUGUCGAUGCAGAAUGAGCGGGCCGUCCAUGACGUGCUGGCGAGCUGGGGCGGCCGAAGUGACGUGGCCACUUCGCUAUGGCAGGACGCCUACCACGCCAGUCUGUCUCGCCUCUGGUGAUGAAGUGCUCGGCUCCAGUAGCGUCAGACUGGGGCCUCCUUGUGGUCACGAGGUGUUUGUGGAAAUGCCACAAUGCUGCUGCACGUGUGUUGCAGUCAAAGAGGGGAGAGUGUACCAUACCAACCGGAUGCUCAGCUUCUACGCCCCCGCCUUUUCAGAUCACCGAAGACUUCUCGACAAGUUGGUGUUGUAUGGCCUGGUUGAGCUCAAGGUUAACGGAGACAACAAUUGUCAGUUUGGGGCAUUGUCUGAUCCAUUUUACCGAACUCCUGAACACCAUAGAUUUGUGUGGCAACAGGUGGUCAAUCAGCAGCACAGCCGUAUGUACAAGAAGCAGAGCGCAUCAGUUCAUGCUCGAGCCCCGAAGAAGGGUUCUAGUGGCGAUGCCGACGGUCGUCGAGAGGUUCGUGGACUGGACGGUGUCGUGUCUGCCGAUGUACGGAGAGGCGAAGCUACUGCUCAUCAUCUACCUCUGGUAGCCCAGCACACGGGGUGCGGGGCACGUGUACGAUGGCUUCCUCCAUCCGCUGGUGGCGUGGCACGAGGCCGACAUCGACCGGGGCCUGCUUGAGCUGAGGGCUAGUGCGAGGGACGUGACGGCGUCACAACUCAAGGCGGCGGCUGCCAUCGGUCAAGUGUGGCUCGUCAAGGCUGCCCGCUAUGUUUCGUCGCAGCUGCAGGCCGCGAGAUCAGGCCGGGAAGGCGCCACGCAUUGAGGAGUGAGCCAAUUUUUGGAUCGGACCAUAACAACGUGUCUCAGUCUCUGACGUCUAGAAGUAGUGGUAAAUUUUUGAAUUUGCAUGGCAAGGACCACUUACGUAGGUAGCUGACACGCACAAUACUAUGUUUACACUCUUACUUAUGUAAAAGAUAUGAAUUAUACAUGAGUUGCCUCUACAAUGAGGAACUGUGAUAGUA